AGGCGGUUUGGUAAGAACGUGUAGAAGUGAAAGAUCGUGAGCUGAGUCCUGUAUGUAUCCGUUGAUAAAUCCUACGAGGGCGAGCACACUAGAGAAGAAGAAUAUCUAGCAAUCAAACUGUCGCGAUUAAGGUGCAACCGAGUAUCGGCCGUCUCGUGCGAAUGUGUGACUGUGUCUGUGCGUCGUGUAAACGCCCGCACUGCUUGGUGUGCAAUAGGCAGAGCAGCAGUGUCCUUCUGAGCUGUCACGAAAGCGAUACGAUUUGGUGUAAAGAUUCCUGUGCUCGCGAGAGGCAGGAGGACGGGAAACCAGAAUCUCCUUUGGCGUGAUUUCUCUCCCAACUAAAGCUGUGUUUGUGUGUGAUUGUUAUUGUUUUCUUUUUUUUCUGACUUCGUAAGCGCUUUGUAUAUCGUAUCGUGUGCGAGUAUGUCACUGGUUCGGCUCAGUCAGUGAUUGCGAAGACUAGGCACGACGACGACGGGUGCUUGCUUGUGUGUGACAUACUCCUGAUGGCAGGCUAUCAGCGAGAGCGCGCGCGGGUUCGUCAUCAUCAAACCAGGAGCAGCGUACAUGUUGUGUCGCUCUCAUCACGUCAAUGAUGUGAUGUCCGUGAGGAAGGCAGCAAGCAAAAGCUCGUCAAAGUCCGGAACGCUUCGCAGCAUCAGUCAAAGCCGCGGUGAAAGGACGAAGGACAAAAGCAUCCGCUAGCAGUACGAUGCCAAACAGUGGCUAGCGUGGAGGUGUGUUGUGGUAGUAUAAAGAAGAAGAACUACAACGGUAUCAGCAUCCCAACAGUAGGAAAGUGAGCACGAAGUGACAUCUUUUGCCAGGAACUGGCAGUUAGAACCUGCUUCACUCACCGCUGGACCGAAGCGAGACGCUACCGUACAACGAAAUCCCGAGCUCCUCCACCAGUUAGUAGCUGCAAAACAAAAAUGUGUUCCGUAGUACAUGUGCUUAAGCCUCGACAAGAACGCAAGUGUUUACGGCCCGGUCGCAUUCUCUAAUCAACAUCCCUGCGUUUACGGCAAACAGCAGCGCACCUUCUCCAGAAGAAAGCAUGAAAGUUUCCAGUGAUUGAAUCUUUUCGAAUGAAACCAGUCGUCAAGUGUGUUGUUGUUAUUGGUGUAAAAAGUGAAAAUUUUAGUGUAAAAUUCCCAGCAAAAAAAGAACCAAACAAUGUGCUAAGUAAACCGGGUCUACGAACGAAAAUCUGUUAAUUAGUUAAGUUUUUUUUUCCCUGGAGUUGCCGAUUAGAAGAAAACGUUUCAAAAAUUGAGAACCAAAAUCUCUCAUCAAUGAUGCUCCACGAGGCAGUAAUGUUGGAAAUCUACCGCCAGGCACUUCACGCCAGUGAAAUGGCCAGCCCUAGAUGCCAAUCGAGGGAGUCAUCCGGCGGUGGCCGUUGCCCAUCGGACGAAUCGAUCCGCUCCGAGGGCGACCGGGACGGACAGAACUCGGGCCCGAACAUGAGCCCGGUUUCGAUAACGCUCCCGCCCACCCUUCCGCCAGCAGCCGCCGCCGCCCUCCUGCCUCAGCAUUCCGCCGCGAUGGCCGCCUAUCUGAACGUGGCCGCCGUGGCGGCCCAACAGAAUCGCCUGCUACUAGGUUCGCCGCUGGCCGGACUAGCAGCCGCCCGAAACGGUUCCCCGCCGAUUCUACCUCCGCUGGCGUCACCGACGGACGAAAGCGACGACGCUGCGCUGGACUUCAGCAAAAAGCGCACCGACAGCGGAACGGCCGACGACGACGGUGCCAGUGACUGCGAGGACGGCGAUGCUGUCAAUCUAAGCGCCAAGUCCGGCGAUAACAGCCCGCUGGAUCUGUCCGUCAGCCAUCGGAAGCGAACGGGUGAUGACUCCCAUUCGCCUCCACCCCGGAAAGCUCCUCGCUCGCUCGACUACAAGCCGGCCAUCGUUACGCCGUGGAGUUCACCGGUAACACCUCAGCUUCCUUACUUUGCCGCCGCAGUAGCAGCCGCUAGUCUAUCGCCCAAGAACAAUCACAACGAUUGGAAUGGCAAACACAAAGGUGUCACCAAUGAGGCUGCUAAAGCACUAGAAAAAAUGACCGAGCUGAGUCGCCUCGGAGGAGAGGAGAUCUAUAGACCUUCGAACAAUAAUCCCGUUGCAGGAGGUGCCAGCGCAGGUGGCGGACGUCACAGCGCUUGGCAAUCGCACUGGCUCAACAAAGGAGCUGAUUCCGCCAAGGAUGUCCUCAAAUGUGUCUGGUGCAAACAGAGCUUCCCCUCGCUGGCAGCAAUGUCCACCCACAUGAAGGAAACCAAACACUGCGGCGUUAAUGUUCCUCCAGGCACCGGAAUGCCCCAACAACCGAUCCAAUCGCAACCACCGAAUUCGUCCAACCAGAACACCGGUAGUAGUGCUUCCAACAAACCUUCACCGAGUGAAUUAAAUCUUCUAAUUAAGGAAACUAUGCCCCUUCCUCGCAAGCUUGUGCGCGGUCAGGACGUUUGGCUCGGCAAGGGUGCCGAACAAACGCGGCAGAUUCUGAAGUGCAUGUGGUGCGGCCAGAGCUUCCGAACCUUGGCAGAAAUGACGGCUCACAUGCAGCAAACUCAACAUUACACCAACAUUAUUUCGCAAGAACAAAUCAUAUCGUGGAAAUCAUCCGACGGUGACAAGCCCGGUUCAGGAGCUCCUGGUCCCAGUGGAAACGCCUCGAAUCCCUCGGGGACUCCCAACACUCCGGCCGCCCAAGCUAACAGUCAUGUCAGUGCGGUACUCACUUGCAAAGUGUGCGACCAAGCGUUUUCAUCGCUCAAAGAACUCAGCAAUCACAUGGUGAAAAAUGCACACUACAAAGAGCACAUCAUGCGAUCGAUCACCGAAAGUGGCGGCAGGCGAAGGCAGACCCGAGAGAAGCGAAAGAAGUCACUUCCUGUACGAAAGCUGCUGGAAAUGGAACGGGCCCAGCACGACUACAAGAACGGCGAGAAUCCUACAUCCAAUGCAGCCAACAAACCGAUCCGUGAUCUCGGCGCCGGGAAAAUAACCUGCGAAAAGUGCAACGAGAAAAUCGAAACAACCAUGUUUGUGGAUCAUAUCAGACAGUGCAUCGGUGGAACGGCGAUCCUGCAAGCGCAACAGCAACGCGAAAAGUUGAAAAACGCCCUACUUUCCAACACCAUCAUCCCGCCGGAUUCCAUCAGUCCGGUAACGCCGCUCAGUCGCGAUGGCCGUAAAUCGGUUGGCGAUGAUCUGUCGUCGCCACUUUCACUGCAAAAAUCACCCAUGCCAGCGGAUCUGUCCUCGCCGGCGUCCGCGAAAAAAGAUGGCGAGAAAAGUUCCUCUCCCUCGGUGUUGAAUGCAAUCGAACAGCUGAUAGAGAAAAGUUUCGAUACCCGUUCGCGGCAUCCGAGUACCAAUUUCGGGAAUACCAAUCAAAGUACGACCCCGCUUGGUUCGAGCAUUCUGAAACGUUUGGGUAUUGAUGAGAGUGUUGACUACACCAAACCACUGGUAGACCCGCAGACAAUGAACCUUUUGAGGAGUUACCAUCAGCAGCAGUACGUAUCGCAGUUUGGAAGACGAGAACGAAGUGGCAGCGAGUCGAGUUCUAUUUCGGAGCGAGGAUCGAGUCGGGUGGAUUCGUUGACGCCGGAGAAAAAGUACGACACGACUGGGCACUCGACCCCUAGGGGAACCCCGGAGAAGCAAUUCAUAGAAGACCAUAAUAACAGUGACGAACAGACGGUGAACAUAAAGCGGGAAAUGGCGAGCGAUGACGAAGAUGAAGGCGAGAAACAGGAACCGUCGAAAAUAAAAAUCAAAAAAGAGCUCGAUGAUGACGAGGAAGAGGGACCUAUGAGGCCUCCGAGUAAAUCCAAUGAUGAGGCGGCGGAUGCCGAAAAGGAACACCGAAGACGGUGUAGUGUGGCUUCUAGUCCUGCCCCGAGUCCUCGACUGUCAACCGCCAGUGUCCCACUGAGCCCAUCAGCUAGUCCCAUCAGUGACCAUCAUUCCAUUGCUUCACGGUCGACUCCGGGGGUGGCGGAUGGCAACAGCAAAAAAUCAUCAUCCGGUGGUAACGUGAGCAGCAGCUUGGGCGCCCUAUCUUCGAUGUUCGACAGCUUGACCGGUGCGGGAAGUGCAAGCAAUGCCGAGACAGGUGGAUCAGGAAAGAAAUCAAACGCUCAUCCAUUGGCGGCACUGCAGAAACUUUGUGAUAAAACUGAGACGCAACCCAGCGGCAGGGCCGGAACGAGCAGUGCACUACUAUCGGCUACUACCAAUGCACAAGCUAGUAGAACUGCUCCAGGAGCAAUAUUGGCCUUUAGCUGGGCGUGCAACGAUGCCGUUGUGUCGGACGAAUCGGUAAUCAAAUGUGCCUACUGUGACACGACAUUCACCUCGAAAGGUGCCUACAGGCACCACUUGUCCAAGGCGCAUUUCGUCAACGAUGAAGUGAUUCCCGAUCCCAAGGGUCAGGGCUCCCUCAAACCCGGUUCUCCCCACUCGCCUAAAUCCACCGGAAGUGGCACUGGAAUGAGCAAUCGUGAAAAUUCGAACCGUGCCGACGGCGGUGGAACUCCUGUGCCUUCGAUGGGUGGCGGCAGUAGGGACAGCGGCAGUGGCAACGGGCAGGCGAAAAGCCCACCAUCAGCGCAAUCACCGGCGGCAUUCGACGAGAGUCCGCACUCCAAGUUUCUCAAAUACACCGAACUGGCCAAACAGUUGUCGUCCAAGUACGUCUGACAUUCCUAAGUUUCGUAAGCCCGGCAGGUUUUCUUUUUCGUUUUCUAUCCAAUAUGUAAAUAUUUCGCUGAAUUGUCGGAAUGAUGAUGGACAGCCUGAUGUAGAGCGAGAGCGAGUUUAUGGGGAAUUAUACGGGAGAGUGAGCAAAAGGGAAGACACCCGGUUCGGGAGCAAAAGAGAGCAGAAAUGAGGUAGUAAAUAACGUAUUUAUGUGUGAAUCCAUUUCUGCCAUGAGCGCUGCGUUCAAUAACCACUUGAAGCAGCAGCGUAGAGACGGCAAAACGCAGACUGAAGGAAAGAAGGAAAAAACAAGCACUGAUCAACAACACAGAAGCGGCAAAGCCGACGGGAGCAGGUUUUUUCUUCUUUUGAUAUGUGUCUCUCUACGUUCGCAUUGAAUGUGGCGGCCCCUUUAGAUGUGUUCGUGAAUCUCGUUUUUUCGCUUCUUUUCAAUAACCCGAUUUAAUACCUUUUAUAUACACAUCAAAACGGCCCAAAGUGUGAGGGAAACGACGAACACAUGAUCGCAGCAGUGGUGUACAGAAAACGAAACUUGCACACACAAACACGCGCACCAUGCGGGCGGGUAAAGACAGUGGAAACACAAAGUAGAGCAAAGUAAAAGUCGACUCGAUUGUGAGUGGUGUGUGUAGCACUUGAAGUGCACUUUUCGUGCCUCUGUUGUGUGUUGCUUUGCGCCGGUUGCUGUGUGAAGUAGGAGGACGGAGAAGAAAUCAAUCAAAUGAAAUAAAGCCAGCGUCAGCGAAUUAUAAAGAGCAGGCUGUACCUUUGGGUUGUCUUUUGACGUGGAUGGAAAGGGUAAGGAUGUCCGUAGACAGACAGAGCCAUCGAAAGGCCGUUCGGUUCUGCUUGUGUGAAAACAAAAUGGAGUUCGCUGGGGCUCUGUGAAAGAUGGAUCGCAAGCGAGUUCUGCAAGAGCUUUUGGUUUUACUCUCGAACGCAAACUUGUUGAGGGAUGCAAUUUGCUAAUAAUUUCGCUUGUUUUACAAGCAAUAAACAGACGUCGGGAUCAUGCUAUUGAUUCGUCAAUUAGUGACUCUAAUUUUAAAUUAGCGGAUUAGUGAUCCCACUGGUUAGUUGAAAACAUGGCUUCGAAGAAAAUUAACAAACAGAGAGGAUUUUUACUGAAGCUAAACCUCUGAAACCGUACACAAAUUGCCUCAACCAUGAACAGGCUUCACUACGAAAGUGACGUUUAGAAGUUUCUUUCAAAAACCAUUCAAAUUUCUUUAUGCUAUUUAGUAUUUCUCUUUCAAGAGACAAAUGCACUUUAGAUUUCCAACAAACAUUUUUCGUGUCCCUUUCAUCCUUAUGAAAACUUUGUUGGCGUUUUUCGUACUUUUCAGAUGAAUGCUAGAAUAGAAGUAUUUUUUUACGAUCUGAGUUAAUCAAUUUGAAAAAAAAAAAAAGAAUAAUAACUUACAGCAUUGUUUAUACUAAAUAUUAUUAAUUGGUAAAAAACGUGGUUGAAAAAUUAAAUUUUGAGGAAAUUUCAAACAAAAUAUGUAUUCAAAAUUUGAUAUUUACACUUGUUCUAUUAACAAUAAAAAAUUUCGAACCAAAUCGGAACAUAAGUUUAAUUUGGCACUCAUUUGCCACUCUCCAACAGUAUCAUUUUUACAUAAACUCGCUCAGCUUGUUGUGAUUCAAUUUACUAGGUACAUAUCUUGAGGAUUAGAGCGAAACCCCAGGAAAGCCAUCUUAUUAUAAACUUACGUGCGAAUCUCCCAAUGCGGUCACCUUUCUGUGUUGGCGGCCUUUUGCAAUACGAAUGAUUUAUUAACCUACCAAACCAUCAAACAUUAUUCGGGCUUUUUGCUUCAAACUUGUGAACAAUGUAAAUUAGGUAUACAAAAACAUAAAAUGUAACUUUUUGGAUAACAAAUACAUACGAGAGUUAGAUAUUGCGUACUUUGUACAGUCAACAUUACGAAUGAGUUCAUUCAACAAGUCAAAAUUGUGUUACAUAAUAUAGAUUUAGAAGAAAAAAAAAGUAAUCAGAUAUACGAGUCCAUCACAUCACACACAAAAAUAAACAAAUACUUUAAAAUUUCCUUCUAAGUAGUAAAGGCGAAUGAAAUAACGUAUGUUACAAAAAUACACAACACAUGAGUCAACAAAAAAUGCGAGAUGGCGUAGAGCAAAAUUAUUCAAUUAAAACUGAAAUUUGGUAUACGUAAUUUACACUCAAACAAAAAAAAAACGCAUAAGUAUUACACAACUUCUGAAAUCAACAAAAUACGAAUAUAUUACGAAAACUCAAGUUUUAAACUGCAAACAAGAAAUUAUACGAAAUUGAAACUUUUGGUAUACGGUGAAAACACAAACAAAUAAGCAAACAGGAAGGAAAUCCGGCAUUUCGUUUAGCAGCGCCAUAAACGUAGAACCACAAGAAAAAAAAACACUAAUUUGCGUGCCAAAAUUCAGUAUACUAGUAGGGAACUUAGAAAUCAAGCAAGCUCCUGCAAAACAGACAUUUGCUAUACCGAAACAAAAUCAAACAACACUGCGACUAGAGUCAAUGCGUUUAUUUUGAGAUGAAGAAGAAAAAAUACCCAAGGUUCAGCUAAACACUAUCUUCAAACUGACUAAUAGAACGCUGCUAGUAGACGAAUCACGUUAAUACAGAAACACUCCCAGUGCUCCCAGGUUUGCAUUUAUUUAAAGUUUAUUUUCUGUUUUUUGUUCACCUUCUUCGUAACAUGUAAGUAUGAAAAAAAGAAAACAUUGUGAUUUCUGUACAUAGACUCUACCACGUUUCAGCUGAACAAUAACUGAGUUCUGGUCUUACUUUUUUCCUGUUUUGGUUUAUCAAAGAAAAAUUUUAUUGUCAUUAGUAUGCACAAAUCAUGUAAAUAUUCUCUAUCGUCAAACAACCGAUGCAUACAACAGUGAAAACGUUAUACAUCUUCUAGCUAUCCAAACAGUAGUGAAUAUAAACAUACGAACUAUGGUAUACCUUUGAUUGGAAAUUGAACACAAGCUAGAAAUUCAUAAGUUUUAGACACUAAAUUAAAAGAAACGUAGGGUAAACUAUAUUAUAACAUUACGAGGUGAAACACGCAGAACCGUAUUUAUUGAACAACUAAUUGCAAAAAAUAAUAAGUAAAAGCUAAAUAGUAUUAUAGAGGUAAACAAUAUUGGAGACUAUGAAAGAUCAAGUGAAACGAGAUGAAAAAGUGAGCAUAAUAAUGUAUACGUGACCCGAGAUCUGCUUGUGGGAAAGAAUAAAUUAAACUACAAUGGUAUACUCCGGAAGGAAAAAACCCAGAAAGUCGAAUGAAACUUCAAGUACUAAAAAAGUAUACGUAAUUACCGCAAAAUUUCGGAAACAUAAAAUGUCAAAUUGGAUUCCGCAGAUCCGAGCAUCGAUAUAAAACUGAGCUAGCAAUUUGAGAGAAGUCGCGCAUAAGUCCUUUCUUCACUCGUACGAAGUAAAACCGAAUCAGUACUCCAACAUUUUAACUAAAUCAAACGAUAAGAACGAUUAGCGGAGAGCAGUGAACAGCAAAUCAGAGUACCGUUGGAUCGAAAAACCGAAAACUAAACAAUUGUAUCUGUAAAAAUAUGAAACUUAUUAGCAUGCCUAGUAUAAAAAUAAAACAAACAAAAAAACAUGCGAGAAACACACUGCAACACUAUUCGACAACAACAAUUUAAUUUGAUCGAUUGUAGAAUAUAACGCGUAGUGGCAAAAGCAUGGCGUUGAACACAGUAACGUUUCUCGAUUAUUCAGCCUGCAUACUCCUUACUCCUUCUUCAAUCACCACCACACGAAUCCGCUACCUAACGGUUUUUCAUUUACUCGAUGCGCGCUGUAUCGUUUGUAAGUAUUUCAGUUACAGUGCAGAUAUGCAAAGUAUAAACACUAGACCCCCCCCCCCCCCUUCGCGAGGUGGUCUGUGUCAGUUCUCUAUAAGUGCAUACAAAACAGUGAAAAAUUGAAUACAAAAUCUAUAAAUAUAGAUAUAAAUAUAUAUUAUACGAGAUAUGAAAAUCAAUUAUUAUUUAAAUGCAAUUUUUAAAAAUUUUAAAAAACCGAAAGCUCAAAAUAAAAAUAUGUAUAUGUUAAAAAUUUCAAA